AUGAGGGUCUUCAUCCUCCUGCUCAUGCUGGAUCUGCUUGGCGUUUCCAGUGUGAUGAUGAAUAAGAAUUUAAGAAAGAAGAUUCAAGGGAAUUGGCGAACCGUUUACUUAGCUUCCAGUACUGUGGAAAAGAUAAGUGAAGACUCACCCUUGAGGACCUACUUCCGUCGCAUUGAAUGUGGGAAGAGAUGCAGGCAAAUCCACUUCUAUUUUUAUAUCAAGAAAGGGGCAGAUGCCAACAGUAAUGAAGUCAUAGGAAAGAAAAGGCAAGGAUUUUACCAGGCACAGUAUGAAGGGAAAGUAACAGUCAUGAUAAAGAUGGUGAAUGACAAGAUACUGCUCUUUCAUUAUUUUAACAAGGACGUCAGGGGCAAAGUCACACGCGUGGCUGGAGUUUUGGUUCACAAGGCCUUGGAGACCUGUGGCCCUUGUGGCACUCCUGAAUUUUACCGUCCCACCUCCCUCUGUACCCGAAGCUCCCUGAGAUGA